AUGGCUGAGAUCUUGGUCGCGAAACAAGCAUCCCAAAUGCAUGAUCCGCCACUUCGCAAUGACGCCCAGGAAGCCCCGCCCUUGAAUGCUACCAGGGUUCCUGUUAUUCGAAUAUUUGGUUCAACUGAGUUCGGCCAGAAGGUUUGCGCUCAUGUGCAUGGGGUAUUCCCUUAUCUAUAUGUGGAAUACGAUGGCGACUUGAAUCAAGAUGCGGUUGGGGCGUUUAUAUAUCGCCUACACCUCUCCAUCGAUCAUGCGCUGGGCAUAAGUUACCGGCGCGAUCAAUAUGGAGACAAGGUGAAGUAUGUUGCGCGAAUUACGCUGGUGAAAGGGAUACCAUUCUAUGGGUACUCUGUCGGCUAUAAGCCUUUCCUCAAGAUCUACAUGUUCAAUCCUGUUGUGAUGACACGGUUGGCGGAUCUACUUCAGCAAGGCGUUAUCUUGAAGCGAAAGUUUCAACCCUACGAAGCACAUCUCCAGUAUCUCCUCCAGUUCAUGGUCGACUACAACCUAUACGGAUGUGAUUACAUCGAAUCGUCGCAAACGUAUUUCAGAUUUCCAGUUCCUGCACACGAUGCGAAUACUCCCACGUCUUCACAUUCCUGGAAUGAGCACACUGUUCCAGCUGCAUUCAUCACGAAUGAACUGACACUCCCGCGAGAAAGUUAUUGUUCGAUUGAAGUUGAUAUCGCUGCCCAAAGUAUUGCCAACAGAGGAAAGGUCAAAGAGCGACCACUUCACCAUGACUUUACCGAGUUUGUAAAUCCCCCAGCCGGGGAUUUAAAGCUCGUCUCUAGCAUGGCCGGACUUUGGAACGCCGAGGCUCGAAGGCGCCAGCGUCAAAUUCCAUCCGGCCAGACGCUUACCCAGCAUUUCGGGUCUUCUUUUCCACGUGAGGCCCUAGUAUCGAUGUCGGCGGCGGACUCUCGAUUAUCUCAACUGCAGGCUUGGAUGCAUGAAGAAGAGUAUCGCCAAAAGGUAGAAUUCUUGAUUUCCAAAGAAAGAGAGCAAUGCCACGAGUCAGAAUUAAGCCUAGAUACCUUUUUGAAACCGUUACUCCAGGAAAGCUCCAUUAAAACAGCGUUACAGUCUGUUGAAGAUCUCUACCCUUCUAAUAUAUUGCCUCUACUGGGGCUUUCUCCCAGUGCAGCACACCCAAACAAGUAUCCUAGUAGCAGUAUCGAGGUCGAUGAAGCGAAACUUCAGCUCUCUCAGCUAGAUGAAGAUGACUUUCUCGCAGCGGACUCGGAUGCAUCCGAUUUAGAACAAUUAGAACAAGAGGUUGGAAAGGAGCAUGGGGAUGUACCAAUGAAAAAUAUCGACCACUUGUCGCUUAAUCUCAGGAAGGUCGACUUCAGCAAAAAGCCCGAAACUGUGGGAUUUAACAUGCGGAUCCUAGGGGUUGUUGAAAGUGGUUUUUCAACUGGCCAGAUCCCACGAAUCCCCGUACCAUCUAGUCUUGUUGAAGCAGCGCAGCGCAACCAGCUUACCUAUAAACGUGGUGGGAAGGCUGUGACUAGUCAAGGGAUCAAAGCAGUGAACAAACGGACAGCAUCGUGGCCACUGAACAACAACUUGGUUAAAAAGGCUAAACAUGGUGCUGCAUCUCCGGAGAAAUCUUUGCCACUUUUAAGAGGCGCGGAUGAACCAAGCAUUUUUUACCAAUCACAGCCUUUGUCUCAAUCUACCAACAUUUCCAAGUCAUCGCAGCGCAAUUUCAAGGAGGAGGGACCCAAAGCUUUUGGCCACGUUGUGACUUAUGCUAUCCCUCCGCCCUCUGCUGCCGAUGUUACCUGGAAUAGCGAACAUGGCCUACCAGAAGUCAUAUACCCGGAUGCUUUCUAUAGCAAUGAGAAGGAUCUUUCAUUACGACGACGGGAAUAUGCCGGCAAGGAGUUUCAGCUCAUCAGUGAUACCCUGCCAUUCCUACCCGAGUUCGACCCAGCUGGCAAUUCUUCACAAGUCGGGAGUCAAAAUGCCGAGACAGGGCUCUUCCAGAAAGCCCGCAUGCGGCAAGAUGACCAGCGACUGAGGAAACUCUGCUCGUGGAGAAGCUGGGAGAUUGCGCAACCUCCUCCUUCGUACGAAGAAGUUGCCGGGUGGCUGGUUCGGAAUGAAGCUGCCAGCGUCACAACGCCCAAACCAAAAUUGAGCCGCCCAUGGCUCUCUCAAAUAGACGGGCCAACGCCAAAGUCCAAGUAUGACUUUAAGUAUAGCCAAAAACAGCCCUCGUCGGCUGUACCACAUGAGGCUCAAUACAUGAGCACGAUGAGCCUCGAAAUCCAUGUAAAUACAAGAGGGAACUUCGUCCCCAAUCCUGAGGAGGACGAGAUUCAGUGCAUUUUCUGGCAUUGGAAAGAUGAUGAGGCAAUGGGCAACGCUGCACGUGAAUUGCCAGGAUCAUCCAAAACUGGGGUCCUUGUUCUCUCCUGCGACGAUGUUUUAGCUAACCAAGUGAGAAGCGUGGUGCCUGAUGAAGUCAUUCAUGAGUCAUCAGAGUUGGAUCUACUUAAUCGAAUGGUUGAGAUUGUCAGAUUUUAUGACCCAGAUAUACUAACUGGUUACGAAGUCCACGGGGGCUCAUGGGGCUACCUAAUUGAACGGGGAAGGCUAAAGUAUGACUACGAUCUUUGCAAUGAAUUUUCCAGGAUGAAGGCACAAUCAAAAGGCCGUUUUGGAAAGGAUAGUGAUCAAUGGGGCUUCAAUACGACUUCGACGAUUCGGGUAACGGGAAGGCACAUGAUCAAUAUAUGGAGAGCCAUGCGUGGUGAAGUAAAUCUUCUCCAGUAUACCAUGGAAAACGUGGUGUGGCAUCUUUUGCAGCGUCGAAUACCACAUUAUUCGUGGAAAUCUCUCACGUCCUGGUAUCGCAGUGGCAAAGCGCAGGACUUGAACAGGCUUUUGAAAUACUACCGGACACGGACCAGACUGGACCUGGAGAUCCUUGAAUCCAACGAGCUAAUCUCGAGGACCAGCGAGCAGGCAAGGCUUCUUGGCGUCGAUUUCUUCUCUGUGUUCUCCCGUGGCUCGCAGUUUAAGGUUGAAUCCAUCAUGUUUAGGAUUGCAAAGCCGGAGAACUUCAUACUGGUCUCUCCGAGUCGAAAGCAAGUUGGCCAACAGAAUGCUCUCGAGUGUCUGCCAUUAGUAAUGGAGCCGCAGAGUGCCUUUUACAGCAGCCCUCUGCUUGUACUUGAUUUCCAAAGUCUGUACCCUAGCGUUAUGAUUGCGUAUAAUUAUUGCUACUCGACUUUCCUAGGGCGGAUCACAGAUUGGCGCGGUAAGAGUAAGAUGGGGUUCGCCGAGUAUAAAAGACAAGAUGGCCUAUUGAGUUUGUUGGAAGAUCACAUCAAUAUCGCUCCAAAUGGGAUGAUGUUUGUGAAACCCGAGGUUCGGAGAUCUCUGCUCGCCAAGAUGCUAACGGAAAUCUUGGAGACGAGAAUAAUGGUCAAGAGCGGGAUGAAGCAAGACAAAGAUGACAAAGCUCUACAACAGCUGUUGAACAACAGGCAGCUUGCCUUGAAGUUGCUCGCCAAUGUUACCUAUGGUUACACGUCGGCCUCGUUCUCAGGUCGGAUGCCGUGCUCGGAAAUUGCGGAUAGCAUUGUACAAACUGGUCGCGAGACGCUGGAGAGAGCCACUGCUUAUAUCCAUUCGGUGGAGCGAUGGGGCGCCGAAGUGGUGUAUGGUGAUACCGAUAGUCUUUUCAUCUAUCUCAAAGGGCGAUCAAGAGAAGAAGCAUUCGUCGUCGGACAAGAGAUUGCCCAGGCCAUCACGGAAAGGAACCCCAAGCCAAUAAAGCUCAAAUUCGAAAAGGUCUACCACCCUUGCGUCCUGCUUGCUAAAAAACGCUAUGUUGGGUACAAGUACGAGAGUAAGGAUCAGACAAAGCCCGAGUUUGAUGCCAAAGGCAUAGAAACUGUCCGCCGUGACGGGACUCCCGCUGAGCAGAAAAUCGAAGAGAAGGCGUUGAGGCUCCUCUUUGAGACGGCGGACCUGAGCCAAGUCAAGGAUUACUUUCAGAAGCAAUGCGAGAAGAUGAUGCGUGGCAAAGUAUCGAUUCAAGACUUUUGCUUUGCCAAAGAAGUCCGUCUCGGUUCUUAUGCUGAGAACGGUCUACCGCCUGCAGGAGCAAUGGUCAGUGCAAGGAAGAUGUUGCAAGAUGCCAGAGCAGAGCCGCAGUAUGGCGAACGAGUCCCGUAUGUGGUAAUCACUGGAGCGCCAGGUGCCCGGCUCAUCGAUCGAUGUGUCUCGCCGGAAGAGCUUCUCCGCAACCCUCACUGGCAGCUGGAUGCAGAUUACUACAUCUCCAAGAACCUGAUACCUCCGCUGGAGCGAAUAUUUAAUCUUGUUGGCGCCAACGUGAGGCAGUGGUACGACACCAUGCCAAAGAUACGGCGCAUUCACCGGACCCAAGGGGCAGGACAGAAGAAGUGGACGCUGGAGUCAUAUAUGCACUCGGUAAACUGCAUGGUCUGCGGAAGGAAAAUCGCCAGCACCACGGAGGCCUCGCUGUGCCGCUUCUGCCUUGCCACGAUACCUGCUUCGCUGCUGAUGCUGCAAUCGAGACUCACAGAGGCGGAGCGCAAAUACGAGGAGACACUACGUGUAUGCCAGAGCUGUGAAGGGAUCAGUCCUCUGCAAGAGGUUACAUGCGACAGUCAUGACUGUCCCGUGUUUUGGACUCGCACGAAGCUGAAGACCAAGAUGCUUCACGAGCAAGCGGUGACGAGACCCAUGAUCAACGAGUUAGAUGCCAAGAUGGGAGGCGUUUCGCUGAACUGGUAG